AUGAAGUUCGUCAUUGUCGCUGCCUUGGCCGCCCUCACCGGCGUCGAGGCCGCCAACUCGACUUUCACCUGCCGCAACUGUCCGGCCCGUUCGACUCACACCAUGCCGGGCCACUCCACUACCCACUACAUGCCCGGCCACACACCACAUCCCAUGCCAGUCAACAUGACGACGUCGAUCGUCACCAAGACAUCCAUCUACAUUAUCACGCAUUGCCCGCCCGCCAUUCUCAACUGCUUCCUCGGCCACAAGACGACCGAGACCAUCACCUACACCACUGUCUGUCCCGUGACACCCGAGACUCCGGUCCCAGGCAAACCUGGCUACCCCGCUGCUCCUGGAUACCCUGCCCCCCCUGGACCCCCUGGACAUCCCGCCGCGCCUGGAUAUCCCGCUGCGCCGGGGAGUCCUGGAAGCCCCGGAUACCCUGCUGCUCCGGCCGGCCCCGGGAGCCCCGGAUACCCUGCCGCUCCGGCCAGCCCUGGAAGCCCCGGAUACCCGGCGGCUCCGGCCAGCCCUGGAAAUCCUGGGUACCCGGCGGCCCCGGCCAGCCCUGGAAGCCCUAGUUACCCGGCGGCUCCGGCCAGCCCUGGCUAUCAGGCUCCGGCCAGCCCUGGCUACCAGGCUCCGGCCAGCCCUGGCUACCAGGCUCCGGCCAGCCCUGGCUACCAGGCUCCGGCCAGCCCUGGCUACCAGGCUCCAGCAAAUCCUGGCGCACCGGCUGCUGCCCCAGCCCCAGCUGCUGCCCCAGCCCCGGCUGCACCCGGUGCGCCCGCGAACCCCGGUUACCCUGCCGAGCAGACCAGCGUGGUGGUGGCCGGUGCCAACGGCAUCAUGGUCAGCGACGUUGGUGCCAUCCUUGCCGUCGUCGCUGCCAUGGCCGUCUACAUGCUGUAA